AUGUCGCCACCAACACAGACUCCCCAAACAACACCAGGGCUAAACGUGAUUGCCUUGAUAUCAGGCGGCAAAGACUCGCUCUACUCCAUCCUGCACUGCAUCAGAAACGGACACAAGGUGGUCGCUCUAGCGAAUCUGUACCCGUCUACAUCCAGACAGGCGGUCAGUACCGCCGCAAAGGACAGUCAUGAAGAUCCCAAGAAGGAAGAAGACGAAGAAGAAGAAGAAGACAUCGACAGCUUCAUGUACCAAACCAUCGGACACAGCGUGAUCCCGCUCUACGAAGCCGCCCUGGGCAUCCCGCUCUACCGGGCCCCCAUCACCGGCGACGCGGUCGACACCUCCCGUAUCUACCGGCACAACGCCGCAGACCAAAUGGCCGAGGAACCUGAGUCUGCGAACGAGGAAAACAAGCAGCAUCGGCAAGACGAGACGGAGUCGCUUGUUCCCCUCCUGAGACGGAUAAAAGCGGCUCAUCCCGAAGCGAACGCCGUCUCGGCUGGUGCCAUUUUGUCCACGUACCAGCGGACCAGGAUUGAGAACGUCGCGUCGAGACUGGGGCUUGUGCCGCUUGCUUGGCUGUGGCAGUACCCACUGCUGCCUGCCCCUGCGGAGCGGAGCGCGCUCUCGGCGGUGUCGUCUGUGAUGGGUGAUGCGGGGUUACUGGAGGAUAUGGCUGCUUGUGGGUGUGAGGCGCGGAUCAUCAAGGUUGCUUCUGGGGGGUUGGAUGAAAGAUUUCUGUGGGAGGAUGUGUCGUCGGCGGAUGGGGCGUUGCGGAGACGUAUUGUGAAUGGGAUGAGGCGGUUUGCUGCGCCGGGGGAUCUGCGGGGCGCGGUGUUGGGGGAGGGUGGGGAGUAUGAGAGUUUGGCGCUUGAUGGGCCGGGGUUCCUUUGGAGAUCGAGGAUUGAGGUUUGCGAGACGGAGGUGCGGACGGGUGAGGGUGGCGUUGGGUACGUGAGGUUGAAAGGGGCGAGAUGCGUGCCUAAGACGGCUAUGGAGGGAGAUGCAAUCACACUGGAGUCGGUGAGACGGCCGAUGCUGCUGGAUGAGGCGUUUGCUCGAGUUCUGGAGGAUGUGCAAUCGGCUUCAGGAAGUUACGGAGGUGAAACGCUGGCUGGAUCGAUCAGCGCUGGGCGUAUCAAGUGCGAGCCUCGUCAAUUGAGGAACGGCGGGAUAUGGCACAUUUGCAACAUCACAGCGCCUGAGGCAGGCACUGAGGCAGCUGAACAGAUGAAAGGCAUUGCCGGGAAGAUCAGGACGAUACUGCAGUCUUCCACUAACGUACCUCGAGGGACGGAGGAUAUUGUCUUCGCUACAGUGCUGCUCCGCUCCAUGGCCGAUUUUGCAUCGAUGAACGACACUUACGUCUCGCUUUUUAAGAAACCUAACCCCCCGGCAAGAGCCACAGUGGCCUGCGGAGAUGAGCUCCCUGAGGGCGUGAAUGUCAUGGUCUCAUUCAUUGUUGAUUUGGGAGACAGAGAUUCCCGGCAAGGCCUUCAUGUCCAGUCUCGUUCGUACUGGGCACCGGCCAACAUUGGGCCGUAUUCGCAAGCCAUGUCUAUUCCUCUGCGAGGAGUCGAGCGUGUAGUAUACAUUGCAGGGCAGAUCCCUCUAGAGCCGGCCUCUAUGCAAAUGGUCUGUGACAGCGCACCUACGGAGGAACGAUCGUGGCUUUCGGACUACUCUCUACGGGCAGUGCUCUCUCUUCAGCACAUGUGGAGGAUCGGUGCAGCCAUGCAGGUCGACUGGUGGCUUGGAGCAGUUGCGUUUAUAACAGGUGCAGAAAACAUCGCUGCUAAGGCUCGAGUAGCCUGGCACAUCUGGGAGACCAUGAACAGCCAAAGCGACGAUGAAUCGGUCGACGAAGAAGAGUCUAUGUUCGAUGUGUGGGACAUCAAAUACGGACGCAGGGCACAGGAGCAAACCACCAAGGCGACGGUCUCGGCCCCGAUACCGAACUUCGAAGUGCUGCGAUCGAGCGGAGCAACUCCUCCCUUCCUAGCCGUCCAGGUCGAAGAACUACCUCGCGCCAGUGAUAUUGAAUGGCAAGGUCUGGGCUACCGCUGCGAUGGACUGGAAUUGAACGCAGAAGAAACAGACCAAGGACGCACCACCAGGACAGUCACAGAACAGAAAGCGGGCUACACUAUUGUCGAAACCGACAUGGAGAAGUCAGAAAGCGAUCUGAAGUCAGCAUUGCAGCAAAUUCUAGCCGCCCACACGGUAACCUCAGCCUUAACGCACGCAGUGAUCUAUACCACGAAGGCGUUCCCCUUGGAAUCCUGGCCAGGGGAAGUCGUCCCCUGCAAGUCAGUCUGGGGUCACAAGGGACGUAGGCUGGCAGCUGGUAUUAUUUUCCAGAGCCUUGAGUCAUAG